UUUCCAGAAGUACCUUCCGGCCUCGACGACCCUAUUCCCGUGCUGCACCGCGGCCUUCCUCUCUCCCUUUCUCUUCCGGCCCGAGGCGCUUCGGGAGCCGCGGGCUUCGGUGCAGACAUGGCCAAGUCCAAGAACCACACCACGCACAACCAGUCACGAAAAUGGCACAGAAACGGCAUCAAGAAACCCCGGUCGCAAAGAUACGAAUCUCUUAAGGGGGUAGACCCCAAGUUCCUGAGGAACAUGCGCUUUGCCAAGAAGCACAACAAGAAGGGUCUGAAGAAGAUGCAGGCCAACAACGCCAAGGCCAUGAGUGCACGUGCCGAGGCUAUCAAGGCCCUCGUCAAGCCCAAGGAGGUCAAGCCCAAGAUCCCAAAGGGCGGCAGCCGCAAGCUCAAUCGACUUGCCUACAUCGCUCACCCCAAGCUCGGGAAACGUGCUCGUGCCCGCAUUGCCAAGGGUCUCAGGCUCUGCCGGCCAAAGUCCAAGGCCAAGGCUCAAACCAAGGCCCAAGCUUCGGCUGCGACUCCGGCUCCAGCUCCUGCUCCUGCUCCUGCUGCAGCUCAGACUCCCAAAGGUGCCCAGGCCCCCACAAAGGCUCCAGUGUAGAGUCUUCUGUCUGCCAGUGUGAGGACAGAAGGACUGGUAUGACCCCUGGGCUUCUAUCCGCAUGGGGCUGGUGUCCUCCUGUGCUAUUUGUACAAAUAAACCUGCGGCAGGAUCUGUCA